ACCAAAAAUACAGUAUUAACUUACAAAUCUGCACGUUCAGUCGGCAGUCGUUGUGGCUGCUCAAACUUUGGGUAUGAUCGGUAUGAUAUUGCGCAGCCCACGCAGUCAUAUUAUGCCACAAACUGUUAAAAUUAUUAGCAGUUUGUAGUGACUACACUUUCAAAACACUUUGCUGCAUGCCGUGCGUAGUGACUACACCACAGAGAUUUAACCAGAAUCGUAACCGGUAAACCGUUAUUUUUUGUUGGUCUGUUCCAUGAUUGCGGUCAUGCAGUUUUUGCGGAUAUUUUUCCCGACGCUAAUGCUGAUUGCAACGGUCAGCAGGGUAAAAGGGCUUCAAUAUGUGAUGUUUGGACCGAACAGUGUGCGGCCUAACAGCCCAUUUCCCGUAUCAAUCCUGGUGCUCAACGCCACAUCGGAUGUGCGCAUCGAUAUGGCGCUGAUAGGAGGGCCGCGCUCUAACACAUCGUACUCUGGCAGUAUGAAUUACGCAGCUUACAAUAUGAUGCCUUUUGCGCCGGCUUUUUUGAAAGGCGACGUCAAAUUAUUUAUGUGCAAUGCAUCGGCCGUCAUUCAAGCCAAUAAACUGGCUCAUCUGGAGAUUGCUGUGGACGACCUUUCCAACGUGGACGGAAUGGUGUUUGCUCUUAACGGAUCUGACUCGUCAGACUCUUUUUCGACAAUGUUUAUUGGACCGAUUGGUGUGGAUAAGAGCAAUGCCACUAAAGCAAAGGAGGAACCGAAAACCAAGAGCGAACCGAAUAUUUUCAUUCAGAUCGACCAGCCGUUCUACAAAGCAAAAGAUACUGUCCACUUCCGAGUCGUGUCGGUGGAAUUGGUGAAUGGCCAACUGCGUCCGCUUUUCGUGCCCUUUGAUGUGCAGAUUCUGGAUCCACAACGCAACAUCGUCCAACAGAGCAGUAACGCUAACGAUACGCAAGUUGUCGGAUACUUUUCUGGAGAAAUGCCAUUAUCGUCGGAUCCGCUGUUAGGCAGUUGGACAUUGCGGGUGGUUCGCUCAAGCGAUAAGAACACAACCGUCGGAGCUUCUUGCCCGACCUCCUCCUCUAAUUAUGGGAGUAGCAGCUCCAGUGGUUAUAGUGGUGGCAGUUAUGGAAGCAGCAGCUACGGUGGUGGCAGUUACGGAAGUAGCGGUAACGGCGGUUACGGUGAAGGCGGUUACAGCAGUUGCGGUUACGGCGGUUGUAGCGGUGGUUAUGGCAGAAAGAAAAGAUAUAUCGGUUUCGGCUUUGGUAUCAACGGUGGUGGUUUCGUUGGUCGUAACAGUCCUUAUGAAAGCCGCAGUUAUAAUGAUUCAGAAGCCUCCAACAAUGCCGACGAAGAAAGUGACACCGACUGCAACCCUGCCGAUAGCCAUGAUUUGGUGUUGGCCAGUAAACACUUCUCUGUUGAUGAGUUUGUUGUGCCGCGAUUUGAUGUCAGAAUUGUAACAUCGAAGAGCUACAUCGUCCCACGGAUGCAGGAAGAUUACCGUUUCCAGGUCGCAGCGAAUUACACAUCUGGAGAACCGGUCACGGGCACUUUUGACAUAGCGGUACUUCGGCCACGCCCUCCGCAUUGUUAUGGGUGCUCCGAAGAGAAGGAUCUGUAUGAUCCGGUGUGGAACUUGACCAUUUCUGCGGACAAAAGUGGAGCAGCAUCUGUUACCGUCCCAGCAGAAACCCUUUCCUCUCUCACGGAUACAUCAAAAAUAACCAUUCGAGUAAAUUUCACGGAAACUGCCACCGGUCAGAAACGGAACGCUACUCCCGCUGUUGUAUCGAUCAAAACCGAAGCAUAUAAAAUUCGCAUCCAAGCGGACCCAAAGACGUUCAUGCCUGGAUUCCCGUACUCUUUCAGGGCCACUAUUUCCGACUGGGAUGACCGCCCACCACCUCCCAGUCCGAAGACAGCCCUGAUAGGAAUAUUUGGCUAUUCCUACACCGAAGGUCGCGCCAAGUUCGUAUCACUGUCCGGCGAUGUGAGCUGCCAGAUGUAUCCAUCGCAGUACGGUGGCAGUUAUGGAAGUCUUUACGGACCAGAUUACAUCGGCUAUGAAUCGUCCGCUUCGGUAUCUCCGUCUGAUUUCGGACCGCAGCAGCCGGCUCAGGCACGCAGAGACUUCCGUCCAAGCUUCCUCUUUGAGACCGCUUGGACAAACAUCAACGGCGAUGUCACCUUGACGCGUAAAGUGCCAGAUGACACCACGGCAUGGCGAAUCUCGGCGUUCAGUCUGAGCAAUACUAGCGGACUAACCGUGUCUUCGGCGCCGGUCAAGCAAAACGUUACGGUCAAUUUAAAGCUGCAAAAUCCGGACAAUACUACGGCGACAUACUCGAAGAAAGUGCUGUCUAUGCCGAAUGAAACCACAAUGGCAACAUUUGUCAUCAUACCCGAACAGAUUGGAGAUCUAAAUAUCAAAAUCACAGCGCAGUCCGAACUAGCUGCUGAUCAACUGGAGAAGAAUUUGAAAGUAAAGCCGAAAGGGAUCAAACAGUUCUUCACUCAACCAAUCCUCAUCGAUCUACGCAACUCUAGCGAGUUCGAUAUGGUCGUACCACUGCCGAUAGAUCCCAAUGGAAAGGUCGCCGGCUCUGAUAAAGUGGAAAUUCGCCUCGUUGGUGAUCUUUUUGGCGCUUCGCUGAAUAAUUUGGACAAACUUAUCCGACUUCCGUAUGGGUGUGGUGAGCACAAUAUGGCAGUACUAAAACCCAGUGUAGCAGUGUGGAAAUAUCUAGAAAAGAUGAAUAAAUUAUCGGCUGCGCAGCGCAAGCAGCUGUUGAGAAAUAUCCAAAUGGGGUAACAGAGGGAGUUAACGUACCGACGCGAUGAUAAUUCGUUCAGCGCAUGGGGACAAUCCGACUUCUACGGCUCCACAUGGCUAACUGCGUACGUCGCACGAGUCUCUGCUGAAGCUGCUGAAUUUUUUCCCAUCAUUGACGACACGGUCAUUCGGAGAGCGUUGCGUUUCCUAAUCGAUCAGUAGCUGGAAAACGGAUCGUUCGAAGAAAGCGGAAAAGUCAUCGACAAGCACAACCAAGGCGGCGCGUCAAAAGGCGUCUCAUUGGCUGCUUUCACACUUCUGUCGUUCCUGCAGUACAACAGUACGGGAAAGCCUGACGUCGUUAAAAUGAAUAUAUCGCUACCAAAAGCGGUGGCGUAUCUGGAAUCGCAAUUGGACAACGUGAAGAACGAUUCGUACGCAUUGGCAAUUACAGCGUACGCACUGACCAAAGCGAACAGUUCAAAGGCAAUUGACGCGAUUGGUUUUCUCAACGAUCGAAUGGUAACCGACGUUACCACAAUCCACUGGACAACUGUCCCAUCGAAUAAUGAUGAAGGUCAAGAUUCCGGGCAUUCGUAUUCACUCAAUGCGAAAGAUGUAGAAGCCACCGCUUAUGCUUUGUUGGCGUACAUGGCCAGCGGAAAAUCAAACACAUCAAUAUCGUUGCAAAUCGUUAACUGGUUGAUAUCCAAGCAGAAUGCGGAAGGUGGCUUCUAUUCGACAGCGGAUACGGCGGUGGCGCUGCAAGCGUUAGCUGAAUUUGCAGUAGCGUUUAGCAGUCCAUCAUCGCUGCAAAUCGAUGUUACUGAUGAAAUUCAAAAAAGCGGUUUAAGCAUUACUCCCGAAACGUCUUUAGUAACACAGUCGGUUGAGUUUUCGACCAAGCCAGAAGAUAUCGUGAUUCACGCCCGAGGCAGCGGAGUCGCCAUAGCCUACUUGAGUUGGACGUACCACGUGGUAGAAACCAAAGAAGACAUGGCGUUUGACCUUAAUGUCACAUACGCUACUGCAUCGACCAAGGAGAACCGCUUAAACAUCUGUACAGCGUAUUUGAAAGAUGGCGCCAGCAGCAUGGCGGUUGUCGAGAUCAGCGCUCUUUCAGGUUAUCAAUUCGAUGAAGAAGAGGUCAAACAUCUUCCGCGAACACUUGAGGCGCUGCGAAAAAGCGAAGUGGACAGCAAGGACACUAAGCUCAGUUUGUAUUUUGACGAGAUUACACCGACGGCCAAAUGCUUCACUGUGACCAUGUACCGAAUCUACAAAGUGGACAACAUUAAGAAACAGAGUGUUGUCGUUUAUGAUUACUACAACCCCAAAGAACGACGGACCGUCUUGUACGCCCCACUGUUUUACGGUGCUUCCGUUUGAUUCUGAACCGCCUUGUUUUGUUGGAUUUUGUGCCAGCGAUUUCUGUUAUGCUGUUUAAGCCCGUCUUAAUCAAACGAAUGAUAUAUCUGGGACAACCAUUGUCGGCCAAGCUUUCGUAUGUUAAUAGUAUAUGUAGAUGUAC